GUGACGCCGAAUGGUGACGGACCUUUCGCCGUGAGUGUCGGGUUGAUUUCCAUUGAGAAAGUGGUCUGCAGUCGGUGCAUCAUCCCUCAGUUGAAUAACGGUCUUCUUCAUCAGCACCAUCAUCCGUGGAGCUUGAGACCGGUUGAUGCUGCAGAGGCAUGAACAUGCAAGAUAUGCUACAUUGGAGGAGCUAAAGGCGUCAUAUCGGAGGCUGUGUAUGCUCUACCAUCCUGACAAACAUCGAGACCCAGAGCUGAAAAGCCAGGCUGAACAGCUUUUCAACCAGGUGCACCAGGCAUAUGAAGUGCUGAGUGAUGCUCACUCCAGAGCCAUCUAUGACAUCUUUGGGAAGAAAGGGCUGGAGGUGGAAGGCUGGGAGGUGGUGGAGAGGAAGAGAACUCCAGCAGAAAUUCGAGAGGAGUACGAAAGGCUGCAGAGAGAAAGAGAAGAGAGGAGACUGCAGCAAAGAACUAACCCCAAGGGCACCAUCAGUGUGGGUGUGGACGCAACAGACCUGUUUGACCGCUAUGAUGAGGACUUUGAAGAGAUGCCAGGAGGAGGAUUUCCUCAUAUUGAAAUCAACAAGAUGCACAUUUCCCAGUCCAUAGAGGCUCCUUUGACGAACUCUGACACAGCAGUCCUAUCUGGUUCGCUCUCUACACACAAUGGGAAUGGAGGGGGCAACAUUAACAUGACUGUGCGAAGGGUUACGUCAGCCAAGGGCUGGGGAGAGGUGGAGUUUGGUGCAGGAGACAUACUUGGACCUCUCAUUGGGUUAAAGGUGUUUCGCAACCUCACUCCACGGUGUUUCUUGACAGCACAGUGCGGUUUGCAGUUCUCCCCUCGAGGUUUGCGGCCGAGCUGUUCUCUGAUGACGGCACGCCACCUGGAUCAGAACACCAUGGGUUACCUGCAGUGGCGCUGGGGGCCCAACAGCGCCAUGACCACCAGCCUGGUCCGAGACACAAAGAGCAGCCACUUUACUCUAGCUCUGCAGCUGGGUGUGCCUCACUCCUACCUGAUGAUGAGCUACCAGUACAAGUUCCAGGAUGAGGACCAAACCAAAGUUAAAGGCUCUGUGAAGACAGGCUGGUUUGGUACUGUGGUGGAAUAUGGAGCAGAGAGGAAAAUCAGCCGACACAGUGUCCUGUCAGCCACUGUCAGCAUCGGGGUUCCUCAGGGAGUCACGCUCAAGAUCAAGUUGGCGCGUGCCAGUCAAACGUACCUGUUUCCAGUCCACCUUACAGAUCAGCUGCUGCCCAGUGCUGUCUUCUACGCCACCGUGGGACCCCUGCUGGUCUACAUGGCCAUCCACAGACUGAUCAUCAUCCCAUAUACACAAGCACAGAAAGAGGAAGAGCUGGAGCUGCAGAGGAAGAGCUCAGCCACAGACAUCGCCAAGAAGAAGCAGGAGGCAGAGUCUGCUGUUCUGCUGAUGCAGGAGUCUGUGAGGAGAAUCAUAGAAGCGGAAGAAUCCAAGAUGGGCCUGAUCAUCCUGAAUGCCUGGUAUGGAAAGUUUGUGUCCGACACCAGCCAGAAGCAGGAGAAAGCAAAGGUCAUCGACGUCACUGUGCCUCUGCAGUGCCUGGUCAAGGACUCCAAACUCAUUCUCACCGAGUCCUCUAAGGCAGGGUUGCCGGGCUUCUAUGAUCCCUGUGUAGGAGAGGAGAAGAGUCUCAAAUUGCUGUACCAGUUCAGAGGUGUCAUGCACCAAGUGAUCUCUGCAGACACCGAGUCGCUACGGAUACCCAAGCAAUCUCAUAGAAUUGAGUCCGAGUCCUAGGAACCCACCAGUGUUGGAGCAUCAGAGGGCAAAUGCAGAUAAAAACAGACUUUGUGUAAACAGGAGAACACAAGAAUGGAGGGGACACAUCAACAAUAAGUUUGUUUCUCUCCCUCUGGUCCUCUUCUGUCAUGGUAUUAGUGAGUCUGUUUAUCGAGUUCCUCCACUCCUCCCUUUCCCGUGGGCAUUCUCCGAGGUUCAGCAGAAUACAGGAGUCAGCUCAGAGUUUCUACAAGGCUGUUAACCCUUUGUGUCUCUAGCCUGCUACACCUGACAAGGCUGCUCAAAUAUCUGCCUGCUGCAGGAGAUCAGACAUUGGCCCUGAACAUAGUUUUAUAUAUACACUACACAGAGGGAGUGAUAGUCACUGCGGAUGUGGUGAACGUUCCCAUCAACCAUGAGCACCAAGUUUCUUGGAAUUUGUUAUGUCAAGUAUAUACAAAUGAGCUGUGCUGUAGUUUUUCCCCAUAUCAUUGUAAUCUUUGUCCUGUAUGUGUAUCACCCUGGUAGGUUUGAAUCUAAUAAUGUUAUAACAUACCAGUCAUUUCACUAACUCAUGCAAUUGUUUAGAGUAACACAAUGCAGGAACAUGUCUCAGUGACCCUGAGUCUGGCCGGGCCUGAGGACUGAUUGUGUAACUCAAGUUUUUGUUUACUUGUUGAAAUGUCUCAUCCUAAUUUAUUAUGCCUUUUAGUGACAUGUCUGCUGCUCAUGGGGGUGCCGCAGGUGUAAACUGGUGCUUAAAACUUAUAUCUGUGACGGUUGGGAUAUGGAAGUUGGGAGAGGGACUGUGCAGAGAGGAAAGGUGAUAGAGAUGUAGUGAACCAACCAAGGAGAGACAGGCUUGAAUUCUUCGUACAGAUUUUAAAUAUCUCAGGCUAGACUGCAAUUUAAAGGCAGAAAUUCCACUUAGAUUUGAAUUGUGUCAGUGUUCAUUGAUUAUAUCUGUGCAGUUGCAGCCAAAACAGAAUUUCUUACAAUGAUUUUUAAUACAUCAAAGGUUAUAGUUUGUAUUUCACUGGUGAACAUCCAGCACUAAGCCCUAUUUUAUGGCUGGAAUGUGACCAGUAGAGGGCGUAGGUCAACACUUUCCCUCAUGAAGGCUCAGAGUAGUGAGGUUGAAGUCUGGAAAUCUAAUAUCCUAAGUUGCACUGUCUGUUCAGAUAUAGAUAGGUGUUGUUGCAUAGAAGUCCCAGCGAUUUUAAUAUCAAAUGCACAUUACAACUAUGAACCCCCAUUUAAUCACACUUUAUUCCUUAUCCCAACUUGUUUAUAUGUCAGUAGUUGUAAAGGUGGAUUGACACUGUAACGACAAAGGGAAACGCGAAAGAGAGUUAGUAAACGAUUCCUCAUUUUGUUGGGGGAAUCCCUGAAAACACUAUCAAAACCACUACUGUAGCAUACAAAUGGCAUUUUAUUAAAUACAAAAGGUAAUAUUUUGCACAAAAUGUACAGUAUUUACACACAUAUUAGAGGCUAGUUGUCAUGAAAGUGGUGCUCUCAUUGAAAAAUUACAAAAACAAUAAAAAUAAACAAAAACCCAUAAGCACUGAGGUGGAUAAGUUUUGGUAUUUAGUUGGAGGGAUGUCUGUCUCUGACCGUCUCUAGAGUGAGAUCCAUAACGGUCUUGCGUUGGGGUCACCAUUGCAGCAGCCAUUUUGCACUGAUCAUGUUUGCAGUAUUUGUCUUCUCUCUUUUGUUUUAAAUGUUCUGUAAAGUAUUUUGACAGGUCAGCUGGUCACCUCUGCUCUAGUGCCACCAUGAGGCCUGCAGAAAGACUGCUCAUCCAUCGUCCAAACAGACCCACAUUAGUUGGUAAAUGUACUGUAUGGCUGAGGAGCCUGUGUUCACUGUCCUGUAAAGAUUACAAUAAAUAUGAACCAAUCAGA